AUGACAGAUCCGCUAAAAACGUUAGAAACCGAACCCCGCUAUCGCGAGACCAACAUCUCACGAAAGAUAUUCCCCGUCGCGGGGAUCCAAACGGCUGUGUUCGGACUUGAUGAACUUCCACCUCAGGCGUCGGAGAUUGCAUGCCUCUGGCUUUUGCACCCGCGACUUGCAACUCAAGAACGCAUGGUCCCCAUUGCUACCGCCGUCAUCAAAGACUGGAACAAGCGGAUCCAAGAUGGUCGUGCGGGCUCUGGAAAGUCGGUAAAAGGGUUGAUUGCAGUGGCCUUUGAUCAGAGAAAUCACGGCACAAGAUUGAUUGAUCCCCUUUGCAAUGAGGCUUGGAGGCAGGGAAACCCGCGACAUGCCCAGGAUAUGUUUUCCAUCUUCCAGGGCACCGCGCGAGAUACCUCCUUAUUGAUUGACUAUCUCCCGGCAUUUGUUUUCCCUAAAUCGGACCGUCGAAUCACCGAGAAUCUUGUCCUGGGCGUCUCUCUCGGCGGGCAUGCAGCCUGGAGCUGUAUCCUGCACGAACCUCGCAUCACCGCUGGCGUUGUAAUCAUUGGCUGCCCUGACUACGCAAACGUUAUGGCCGAUCGGGCUCGCCUCUCCAAACUCCCGUCAUACACAAGCACAACCCCACCUGGCGCACAGUUCCUAGGAUCAGAAGACUUCCCAACCACCCUCUUAGAGACUGUCUGCAAAUGGGAUCCUGCCGGUUUAUUCCUAUCCCAUCUAAACCUUGGCCCGGAAGCGGAGCCCAUUCGCAGCGCUCCGAUCCCAGAGCCCACGGAGGCCCAGAAAACAACUCUGCGGCCGCUUCUAACGCGUUGUUUAGCGGGGAAGAAGAUCCUCAAUCUAUCCGGAGGUGUAGACAAGCUGGUACCGUACAGUAAAGGAGAAACGUUCUUGACUUGGCUUAAGCUGGCGGUUGGGCCUAGUGGCUGGUUCGCCGAUGGAGUUGUUACCCUUGAGGAUAUCAUUGAUCAGAACGCGGGGCACGAAGUUACGCCGAAGAUGGUUGGUGAGGCCGUUAGAUUCAUUGGGGAUGCGCUUGCUUCUGGUAAAGAUGAGCUGGAGGCAUCCGUGAGGUCGUCUAAAAUCUAG